AUGCUUCGACACGCAUUUCGUCGUCUUCCAUACUCUCGUCCAAAAACAAUAAACCGAUUCUUUUCUACUACCAAAGCACGCCAUGCCACCACAGAAUACGACGCACUUGUGCUGGGUGCGUACAAAGACGGUUCUUUUGCAGAGACGGCCACCAAAGAAAUUCCACUGACUACUCAAGAGGCUAUUCGACAACGGUUAAAGUUGUCGAAUGCAAAAGGAAAAAUCGGUGAAGUUCGUGUUUUUUAUGGGGUUGAGGGGGAGGCUAGUAGUGUCCCGAAACAGAUUGCUGUUGUUGGAUUAGGGAAAAAGAGUAGUGAGAAAGGAGAAGUAGAUUUGAGCGAGGCACUGGAAAAGGCUCGGCAUGCGGCAUGUGCAGCAGAAGGUGCAUCUUUAGGAUUAUACAGAUAUGAUAGCCUGAGAUCCAAGAAAAAUAAAAAAUCCGAAGUAAAAUUUGGACGUUACGGCGACUCACCAUCAUCAGAAUCAUCCGAACUCACAUGGGAAACUGGACUCAUAUACGCAGACGCACAAAACUUUGCGCGUUAUCUCGCAGAAACACCUUCAAAUUUAAUGACACCUUCAAUUUUCGCUGAGAAUGUAAUAUCGAAAUUGGACGGCUUAAAGAACAUUGAAAUUCAUGUACGAGAUCAAGGAUGGGCGAUCAAUAAUAAUAUGGGAGCAUUUUUAGCUGUGGAUAAAGGGUCUACUGAACCGUUACGGUUUUUGGAGAUUCAUUACAAAGGUGGAAAAGAGGGGGAGAAACCUUUAGCCUUAGUUGGCAAAGGUAUUACUUUUGACUCUGGUGGUAUUUCAAUAAAACCUUCACAGAAUAUGGGUGAUAUGAAAGGUGACAUGGCUGGAGGUGCAGCAGUUGCAUCGUCAUUAUAUGGACUUGCAAAGCUGCAGGCUCCCAUAAAUAUAGUUGCUUCCAUUCCGUUGUGCGAGAAUAUGCCUUCUGGUCACGCAACAAAGCCUGGAGAUGUUGUUAAAGCGAUGAAUGGAAAGUCGAUUGAGAUUGACAAUACGGACGCAGAAGGUCGUUUGAUUCUUGCCGAUGCCAUUUACUAUACAAGUUCAACGUAUAAACCGCAUAGUUUGAUUGAUUUUGCUACCUUGACAGGAGCAAUUGGAAUCUCGUUAGGGGAAGUAUAUGCCGGUGUAUUCACAAACUCCGAAAGUCUAUGGACACAACUCUCCAGCGCGGGCAAAACUACCCACGAUCCUUUCUGGCGUAUGCCACUACAUCCUGCCUACAAAAAAUCGAUAACAAAGUCUACGGUCGCUGAUAUUAUAAAUAAUAGUGGAAGAAUGGGUAGUUCUUGUUCGGCUGCUGGAUUUUUGGAAGAGUUUGUGGAUGGAUUGCUUGAUGAUGAAAAAGAAAAUGAUGACGAUAACGAUAACGAAGGAGUAGAUGAGGCAAAAGAAGCAAAGAAUCCUGACAAAGGUGAUGAUAUAGAAAAAGUAGCAGAAACGAAUGUUGCUCAGGAUAAAAUACAAUUUGCUCAUGUUGAUAUUGCGGGUGUUAUGGAUACAAAUGAUGAUUCGGGAUACACCACUAAGGGCAUGACUGGACGUCCUACGCGAUCUAUUAUCGAGUUCGCCAGAAAGAUAUCUGAUAGCAAAUGA